AUGAUGCGCCGCAAAAACUCAUCUUCAAGCUUCGGAGAGCUCAACAUCGAUCAACUCAUUUCGACACUGGUGGCUGUGAAGCCGUGGCACAAGACACUGGAUGUGACGGAGAACGAGAUCCGAAUGGUUUGCGUCUUGGCCCGACAGAUUUUCAUGCAUCAACCGAUGUUGUUGGAGUUGGAACCUCCUCUUAAGAUUGGAGGAGACAUCCACGGUCAAUUCGCAGAUCUUCUUCGCCUAUUCAACCUUGCCGGAUAUCCACCAGAGUCAAAUUAUCUCUUCCUAGGAGAUUAUGUAGAUCGAGGACCGAAAAGUAUCGAGACGAUCGUCCUGUUGUUGUGCUAUAAAAUCAAGUAUCCGAACAACUUUUUCCUGUUGCGUGGCAAUCACGAAGUGGCCAACCUCAAUAGGAUUUAUGGAUUUUAUGACGAAUGCAAACGGCGUUACAGUGUAAAACUAUGGAAAUGCUUCCAAGACGUGUUCAAUUGUAUGCCAGUCGCCGCACUCAUCGACAACAAAAUCUUCUGUUGCCACGGCGGUCUCUCACCGAAUCUUCGCUCUCUCGACCAACUAAAACGCCUUUCCCGUCCAUGUGAUGUUCAGGAGACUGGUCUUUUGUGUGACGUUCUUUGGUCGGAUCCCGAUGCGACUGUAGUUGGAUGGGCGCCAAAUGAGCGGGGUGUCAGUUAUGUGUUCGGUGUGGAUGUGUUGGCUCAAUUCCUGCAAAAAAUGGAUUUGGAUAUAGUUGUCAGAGGGCAUCAAGUCGUUGAGGACGGAUAUGAAUUCUUCGGCAGACGUGGACUGGUUACGGUAUUCUCAGCUCCCAAUUACUGUGGAGAGUUCGAUAAUGCAGGCGCAGUGAUGAAUGUCGACGAGAACCUUUUGUGCUCCUUCCAGAUCCUAAAACCCCAAUCGCAACUUGUCAUGGACGCCGCGCUAGCCGAAAAACAGAAUAACUUCGUGGCGAAUCUCGCCGGAAUGGCGAAUAUAAAGAUAGAGCAGAAGCCGGCGCCAAUGAUUCAGAAACGAUUCCGACGUGGAAUGUUGUAA